UUUAUUACAAGGUGGGGGUUCGAGGGUUGAUGGUGAGUGACAAGAAAGGUUGAAGAGAACCCAAGUUGGAGGAGGUUUUUUUUUUGUUUGUCAUAUUGCCAAAAAACCCAAAGUCCCUUUUGUUCUUUUUUCUCCAUCACAGUCUGAUUGGAGCUCUUCAUUUCAAUCCUUUUGCAUCAAGCAGAAAGUUGCAAUGGACGGUUCUAUCUCUCCAAAACAAAAUCAAAGCCAGGCAUCCAAAAGAAGGAAAGUGGUUGAAAGGACUGUUGUGACUGUAAAGAUGGGAGAAAAUGGUGGAAAGUUAAAGAAUGACGGACCACCUUAUGAUUCAUGGUCAUGGAGGAAAUAUGGUCAAAAGCCUAUCAAAGGGUCUCCUUAUCCAAGGGGGUAUUACAAGUGCAGCACAUCAAAAGGUUGUUCAGCAAAAAAGCAAGUAGAAAGAUGCAAAACAGAUGCUUCAAUGCUCAUCAUUACUUACACCUCUAGCCAUAACCAUCCAAGCCCUCAUCUGCACAACACCAAAACCUUAUCACAGUCACCAACUAAAGAACCCCAAAGUGAUGAUGAUGAUGGUGAUAAUGAUGAUCGGGCCCCAACCACUAAGCAAGAACACCUACCUGAUAAAGAUGAAGACCAAUUUCAUUAUCUACAAUCCCCAUUAAGCUUUCCCCAAAACCAAGAAGAAGAUCCUUUCAGUGGGAAUCUAGAGAGAAGCACAGUGGGGUUAUUGUUGGAUGAAGAGCCAGUCUCUUGUUGUUCUCGUAUGAAAGCAGCAUCAUCAUCUCCCACACCAAAAUCAGAAGAAAAUGAUUUCUUCGAUGAGCUUGAAGAACUACCCAUAUGUUCAGCUUUCACAAGGUUCAUGAGAAGCAAGUUUUUCGAUGAAGGAAUUCCUGUUGUCCCUCCUUGAUCUAAGUGUAUAUAUAUUUUUACAGCCUUGGAAAACAUGUAAUUAAUUAAGGCGAUAAUUGAAGGGAUUAUUAUGCCUCCA